AUGCUGCCUUCGUCAUUAAUGUUCCCCCUGGCGUUCGCGUCUUACACGGUCGCAUCGGAGGCCCGAAUACACUUGCGCGGCGUUCGAACCUGUCCCUGGAAACCACUCGAGAAUUUGUUAGAAUGCUCGAAUUGGGAUAUCACGACAGCAAGAAAGCAAGACGCAGAGACCAAGCAGAGGCAACGGAACGAAACGACAGAGGUUGAACCAGUAGGAUGGACGGGCCCACAUGGGUGCGCAGGACCUUACUGCCUAUACGCAAACCGCGACUUCGCAAACGGUCGUGGGAUCGUCGUUGUCUCGACACCAGAAAACGUGCAAAAGAUAAAGAGCUUGGAACUGGGACUGCAGACUCCGGACCCAGAAGAGGAUCCGUCGUCACGAAACCCGUCUUUCCAGAUCGCAGAGAUAGAGGGCAAGGGACUCGGCAUGCUCGCCAAGAAAACCCUCGCUCGGGGCGACACGGUCAUGCUCAAGACCCCCGUCCUCCUCGCCCACCGCGCCUUCAUCGAACGCACGCCGGCAGCAGAGCGGCAUUUCCUGCUCGAUGGCGUCGCGAGGUUCCUGCCGGCCGCAACCCGUAAGACCUUCCUCGGCCAGAAUGGGCAUUUUGGCGGCCACAAGAUCAGCGACAUCAUGGCGACCAACUCAUUCCAGAUGGACCUCGGCGGCGGCGACGGCGGCAGCGGUGGCGCGCAGGGUGAUGCCCACCACUACGGCAACUUUCCCGAGGUGUCGCGGUACAACCACGACUGCAGGCCCAACGUCGCCUUCCGCAUCGACGGCCUCCGGCACCGCACCACCGUCGUCAGGCCGGUCAAACCCGGCGAGGAGCUGACGAUAUCAUACCUGGACCAACUAGGCGUCCGCUCCGUGCGGCAGCACCGUGCCAAGAGGGCGUGGGGCUUCGAGUGCGGGUGCUCGCAGUGCAGUUUGCCGAAGAAGCUUGCCGCAGCGUCGGACCAGCGGCUGAUGGAGGUGGAGGAGCUGGAGAGGCAGCUCUCGGAUAUCGGGGCCAGGGUGACGGUGGCUACGGUGGAGAGGUUCCUCAAGUUGUACAAGGAGGAGAGGCUGGAGUCGAAGCUGGCGGGUGCGUAUACGACCGCGGCGCUGAACUUUAACUUGCUUGGGAGGAAUAAGCAGGCCGUCAAGUAUGCCAGGUUAGCUGUUGAGGCGGGUACGAUUGAGAAUGGGUCGGAGAUGGGGGAUGUUCAAGCGAUGAGGGAGUUGGCGGCGGAUCCGAAGAAGCAUUUUACAUGGAGAGGGAGGCUCAGAUGA